AUGAAAGUGUUGGCGGCUUCGGAAGAUACUGGUUCUGUAAAAGAAGUUAUUUGUGCAAGAGGAACGGAUACUUCUAAAAAAGAUGGUGUACAACCCAAAUCAGUAAGAAACAUCUGUAAUGAAGAAGGGACCUCCAUUAAAUCAAGAGUGUUACAAAUGGAAGUUUCCGGCGAUUACCUUAUUGCAUGCCGUUUAGGUGGAACCUUGUGUAUAUACGAUAUCACCACUGAAAAUUACGACUUGGUUCACACAUAUGAAUUUGACGAAAUAGCCAAGGAUGACAAGCCAAUAUCUUUAUUGGAGGAUAAGGUAAGUGAAGUUAUAAUAGUUGGAUUUGAAUCAGGGAAAGUUUUCUUUGUUACAUUGAAUGAUGGUAAAUUUGAUUUUAAGCCCAUUAAAGUAGACAUACCUCUCAAAAAGAAAGAGAUUACUUGCUUAACAAUUCAUCCUACUCAACCAGGAGUCUUUGCUUGUGGAGGUAAGGAGAAUGAUGCACACAUAUUCAAAUUGUAUGAGGGGAAGAUACCAUUGAAGACCUUUAAAAAUGCUGACAAGUUCUUCUCUAAUGAGAUACUAUUCAGUGCUAAAAAUGUAAAGAACAACCAUUUGGAUUUAAGAAGUCCAAUCUGGAUCAGCAAGAUCCAGUUCAUCGAGCUGGAACAGCAACCAAAGGGCAGGUUCCAAUUCAUAACUGUCACCAGAUAUGGUCAAUUGAGGAUUUAUGAUACCGCUCAUGGUAGAAGACCUACUAAGGACUAUCCAUUGUGUGACAGACCAAUAUUAGCAUUGAACUACACCACGCCAGAGCAAAACGAAAUCAUCGUUUCGGAUACUCAUAGUUUGGUAGCUAAGUUCUCGUUGACCGAAGUAGACCAGAGGGCAUUCAAAUCCAACUCUGCUUCUGCUGGUAGAAUUAUCAAGCCAGUAGCUAAACUCUUGGGUAAAUAUACUGGAGGAAACACUGGUGCUGUGUUUGAUCUUGACGUGGUGGAUGAUUUAGUGGCCACAGGAGGUUUAGAUAGAUAUGUUAGGGUGUAUGAGCUCGACUCUAGAGAAGUAGUCGCUAAGGUGUACAUAGGAACUCAGAUAAACUCAGUGAUCAUCCUUGAGACUGAAGAGGAAGAGAGCGAGGGAACUGAAUAUACCGAUGAGAGUGGUAAGAAGAGGAAGGUUGUUGAGGAAGAAGAACAGGAUGAUGAACAAGACGAGGAAGACUUGUGGAAACAAUUGGGAGAAGUAGACGAGGAUAAGAGCGUAGUUAAGAAGAAGAGAAAGGUUGCAGGUAUAAAUUAG